CAGUGAGGGGCAGAAUUACGCUGCGCAACUUACAGCCUGCUGUAAAGUCAAUCGAAGAAGAAGAGGAAGAGAGUUUAACUUCACAUACUUUUUUACAACCCAAAUCUUGUUACUGUUGUGGAUUUAUGUCUCACGGAGAUAAAGGCUAGUUUAAUUAACGUUAGCCAUACGGUGUGCGGUUAUCAGACAGCACGGAGAGGUCGUUUCCUGCCCAGCCACAUUCCAUUUAAUGGGAAGGGGAACUGAGGAAAAGAUAACAGUAGGGAAUGAUCUGGAGCAGUGAGAGGUUGUGGCGGCCUCAUCAGUAGCUGUCACCACGGCGGGGGACCUUCGGACCUCCGUCUGCAGGGUUGUGAUUUACCUCCAAAGGGACAUGUCCGGGGACAGCUGCCUGUCCCAUCAUCACACCCAGCCCGGCUCUGCCUCCCUAGCCCCUCCUCUGGCCUGUCCCAAGACCAAGACCUGCAGUUAUCGAGAAGCGGUGGGCUUGGGCAACAAGUAUGUCCGGCUCAACGUCGGUGGGACCCUGUUCUACACCACAUUGCAAGUGCUGACCAGGCAGAACUCUAUGCUGAAAGCUAUGUUCAGUGGAAAAAAGGAAGUGUUUACUGAUAAAGAAGGUUGGAUCCUGAUCGACCGGAGCGGUAAACACUUUGGCAGCAUCCUUUCCUACCUGCGUGAAGGCACAGUCACCUUACCCAAAGGUCAUCAGGCUAUCCAGGAGCUGCUGGCUGAGGCAAAGCAUUACCUCAUCCAGGGUCUAGUGGAACUUUGUGAAAACACCCUGCAGGUCAGUAACAUCCACACGGACUGAUAUUUGAAAUAUGGA